AUGACGUUCUUCCUGUGCUCAGUGCAGGCCCGAAGUAUCAAGAGAUGUUCACCUUCCAUGGACACCAACCCUGUAAAAGAGAGUUUUCAAGGAAUCAAAGGAGCCAUUCAAACAAAGGACACCUUAAAAAAUGUCACUAUCCUGUCCAACCUGCACAGCAUUAAGGUAUUGUCUCCCUUAGACAUGUGCUGUGUGACCAGGGAGCUCCUAGAAUUCUACGUGGAGAGAGUGUUCAAGUACCGUGAGAAGUUGAGCCUUCAAAUCUCAAGAGCAGUCAGCAGCAUUUCCAAUUCUUUCCUCGCCCUGCAGAGGACUGUGCAGCCCUGUAAGGAGCAUAAUCUGUGUCCCUGCAGUGAGGAAGCCACCGAUGCAACCAGAAACAUCAACAACAACUAUGAGGAGUUGGAGGUCCAAUCUGCUGUCAUCAAGUCCCUGGGAGAGCUGGAUGUCUUUAUAGCCUGGAUUGACAAGAACUACCAUCAAGAAACUUCCACAGCUUGA